GCGACGUGCUUCGCGGAUAAAUGCGGUGGCGCCCGGCGUAGGAGAGCUUCGAUCCUGAGCGCCUGGGCGUUCGGACGUUUGGCGGCGACGCGGCUCGCGCCUCAGCCCGCCCCUGCUCUUCGCUGUGCCAUGGCGGACGAGGGGAAGUCGUACAACGAGCAUGAUGACCGUGUUAGUUUCCCUCAAAGAAGGAAGAAAGGCCGGGGUCCUUUCCGGUGGAAAUAUGGUGAGGGAAACCGUCGAUCUGGAAGAGGUGGUUCUGGUAUUCGGUCUUCCCGCCUUGAGGAAGAUGAUGGAGAUGUAGCAAUGAGUGAUGUACAGGAUGGUCCCCGAGUACGAUACAACCCCUAUGCCACCCGACCUAACCGUCGAGGUGAUACUUGGCAUGAUCGAGAUCGCAUUCAUGUUACUGUGCGGAGAGACAGAGCUCCUCCAGAGAGAGGAGGGGCUGGCACAAGCCAGGAUGGGACCUCAAAGAACUGGUUCAAGAUUACAAUUCCUUAUGGCAGAAAGUAUGACAAGUCAUGGCUCCUGAGCAUGAUUCAGAGCAAGUGCAGUGUCCCCUUCACCCCCAUUGAGUUUCAUUACGAGAACACACGGGCCCAGUUCUUUGUUGAGGAUGCCAGCACUGCCUCUGCAUUGAAGGCUGUCAACUAUAAGAUUCUGGAUCGGGAGAAUCGAAGGAUAUCUAUCAUCAUCAACUCCUCUACCCCGCCCCACACUGUACAGAACGAACUGAAGCCAGAACAAGUAGAGCAGCUAAAGCUGAUCAUGAGCAAACGAUAUGAUGGCUCCCAACAAGCACUUGACCUCAAGGGCCUCCGUUCAGACCCAGAUUUGGUGGCCCAGAACAUCGAUGUUGUCCUGAAUCGAAAGAGCUGUAUGGCAGCUACCCUGCGAAUCAUCGAAGAGAACAUCCCUGAGCUCUUAUCCUUGAACUUAAGUAACAACAGGCUGUACAAGCUAGAUGAUAUGUCCAGUAUUGUGCAGAAGGCACCCAACCUAAAGAUCCUAAACCUCUCUGGAAACGAAUUGAAGUCUGAGCGGGAGCUGGACAAGGUAAAAGGGCUGAAGCUAGAAGAGCUGUGGCUCGACGGAAACCCCCUGUGUGAUACCUUCCGAGACCAGUCUACCUACAUCAGCGCCAUUCGAGAACGAUUUCCCAAGUUAUUACGCCUGGAUGGGCAUGAGUUACCCCCACCAAUUGCCUUUGACGUUGAAGCCCCCACGAUGUUACCGCCCUGCAAGGGAAGCUAUUUUGGAACAGAGAACCUGAAGAGUCUGGUCCUGCACUUCCUGCAGCAGUACUAUGCAAUUUAUGACUCUGGAGACCGGCAGGGGCUCCUGGAUGCCUACCAUGAUGGGGCCUGCUGUUCCCUGAGCAUUCCUUUCAUACCCCAGAAUCCUGCCCGAAGCAACUUGGCCGAGUACUUCAAGGACAGCAGAAAUGUGAAGAAGCUUAAAGACCCUACCCUGCGGUUCCGGCUGCUGAAGCACACACGACUCAAUGUUGUUGCCUUCCUCAACGAAUUACCCAAAACCCAGCAUGACAUCAAUUCCUUCGUGGUAGACAUAAGCGCCCAGACAAGCACAUUGCUGUGUUUUUCUGUCAAUGGGGUCUUCAAGGAAGUGGAUGGAAAGUCUCGGGAUUCUCUGCGAGCCUUCACCCGGACGUUCAUUGCUGUUCCUGCCAGCAAUUCAGGGCUCUGUAUUGUAAACGAUGAGCUCUUUGUGCGGAAUGCCAGCUCUGAAGAGAUCCAAAGAGCCUUCGCCAUGCCUGCACCCACGCCUUCUUCCAGCCCAGUGCCCACCCUCUCCCCGGAGCAGCAGGAAAUGUUGCAGGCAUUCUCUACCCAGUCUGGCAUGAACCUCGAGUGGUCCCAGAAGUGCCUUCAGGACAACAACUGGGACUACACCAGAUCUGCCCAGGUCUUCACUCAUCUCAAGGCCAAGGGCGAGAUCCCAGAAGUGGCGUUCAUGAAGUGAUCCGUAGUCAUGCCUCAGAAGAAGCCCUCCUGUAAAUAUCCCUUGGAUAUUAUUGUCUGGUUAUCAUCUUCGUCUCCCCUAUCCGGCCUGAGGCCACCCUGUGACUGUGACCGAGGAGGGAGAGCUGCUGGAUCCCUCUCCUCAUCUGCCUUCUGGAAGACUUCCAGAAGAUUGAGCCUCACUGGUGCCAGGAAGCCAAAGCUUACUUUGUAGAACUGACACUAAACUACCCGAAGGACUUAGGUGCUUUGUGUACUUAACCCCCAUCCUCCUUACUUUUUAAGAUAAAGAGUGACAUUGUA